AUGUCUCUAAUCUUCCAGGUUUUUGUUUUUUUUAUUUUUUUUAUUCUGGACUCAAAAACCAAAGAACAGCUCUGUUUUCUUGACAAGGUUGAACCCCAUUCAAGCGUAGGUGACAUUAAAGGGGUAUUUCAUAAGUCAUAUCCCAAAUGGUAUCCAGCUAGACAAGCCCUGAGGCUGGACCCCAAAGGAAAAGCACUGAGAGAUGAUGACGUGCUACAGAAUCUGUCUGUCGGGACCUCAGCAACCUUGUAUUUCAGAGACCUUGGCCCACAACUGGGAUGGACGAUGAAUUGUGCUUAUUACUGGGGUUUUGCAGCUUGGCUAGCAUACUACAUUAACCAUCCUCUCUACACUCCACCAUCAGAGACACAGGUCAACUAUGCACUAAUUAUUUUUGCGUUAUGUGAGGCAGGAAUUUUUUCCAUCCACUGGUCACUGAACAGUUUAAAAUGUGAAGGUGCAAAAUGUCGGAGAUUCCCACAUCUAUCUAAAAACCCUUUUACGUGGCUCUUUUACUUUGUAUCAUGCCCCAACUAUACAUAUGAGGUAACAGCACCAUUGCCAUAA